GGUAAGUGUUACGUUUUAGAUGUAAAAAAGAGCAGUCUGUUAAACAGAAUAUGUUCGCCAGAGCUGGCCAAGUCAAGUCGAAACAAAAGAAGUAAGCUGUUUCCGCGCGCAUUCGCGAAUUGUCGGCUGCUACUGCUGUGUGCAUCAUGCCGAAGAGCAUACUACAGGACCCGCUGCUGCUGUCGCAACUGACCUGGACCGAGAUUGGAGAUGUGCUGUGCCUGGAGGUAUUUGGAGAGACACGACGUGAGCCACUUUCAGUGCACGGACGUUUGAACAUUGAUGCUAUGGACGAUGGCGUCUUUAGGACGUAUUUUCGUUUCGAGAAGGAGCAUAUAGGCAGACUUCAGCGUGCCUUGCGCAUACCCGAUAAAGUCGUAACUGCGCAAAGGGUUGCGGUUCCCGGAGAUGAAGCCCUCUGCAUUACCUUACGACGGCUGGCAUAUCCCAACCGGCUGUGUGAUCUUGAAGAUCUUUUCGGGCGGCACAGUUCAACGUUGUCAUCACUGACGAACGAAGUUUUGCGCCACAUCGACGAGCGGUUUUUUCAUUUGCUUGACGAUGUAAAUAACCAUUCCUGGCUCAAUCUCGACACGCUGGAGAAAUUCUCGCAGGCCAUUCACGCAAAAGGUGCCCCGCUGACAAACUGUUGGGGGUUCAUCGACGGUACAGCAAGGGCAAUAUGCCGGCCAACAAGAAAUCAGAAACUUUACUUUAGUGGGCACAAGCGGUUUCAUGCCUUGAAAUACCAAUCCAUAAUGUGCCCCAAUGGAAUCAUUUGCCAAUUGGAUGGAUCAUACCCGGGCAGCAAGCAUGACGCUGGUAACUUCGGGAUUAGCAACGUAUAUUCGAAGCUAGAAAGGCUCGUUCAAGGGCGUAACUUCUGCAUUUAUGGAGACCCCGCCUAUCCACUGCGACCUCUUUUGCUGAAGCCAUAUGGUGGUGUGUCCAUUACACCGGAACAGUGCGCGUUCAACAAAGCUAUGAGCAGUGUAAGGCAAGCCGUGGAGUGGGGAUUUGGAAAAAUUGCAGGACUGUUUGCCUUUGUUGACUUUAAGAAAAAUCAAAAGCUGUACCGCCAGAACGUGCCGCGUAUCUAUAAAGCUAGUGCGCUUUUGGCAAACUGUCAUACAUGUCUGUAUGGUGCCCAGGUAUCGCACUACUUCGGCCUCGAUCCACCAGAUCUUGAAACUUACCUUACUCCUCGGUAG